GGGGGCGGGGGCGGGGCUUCCUGGAUGCUGGUUGGAGGAACCCGCCCCGCGGUCCCCCACAAAAGAGCUCCUUGCUGCUGGAAGGGAUGUGUUGGGUCCCCAAGCAUUGAGUCACUGCGGGGAAGGCAAAGGAGCGGCGGCGGCCAAGGAACCGGCCCUGAGAAGACAGAACGUGCGAUCCUCGGUCUUUGCGUCCCUCCCUCCGAGAGUGUCCUCUGACUGGCUCGCGCCCCUUCCCCGGCUACAGAUGGACAGAGCGUCCGCUGCCAUAAGUGAAAAACAGCCCCCUCUACUGCCUUCCCAGCAGGGGGGCAUGCAGCCUGGCCUCCAAAACGAGGGGAACCCCGUUACUUCCCAAGAAAUGGCUUCUUCUUUUUUGAAGACUUCAUCUCUUUCUGUAAGGAAAAAAUUAUUACAACAACCUGGCUUUCCACUGUACAGCACUUCUCAUGGUUUCCAUGAGGAAGACGUCAAAAAGAAACUUAAGCAGUUUAUUGGUGGAUCUGUUGACCUUCAUAAAGAAGAUGGUGGCAUUGGCAUCCUCACUCUUAACAACCCAGAUAAAAAGAAUGCGUUCUCAGGAGUUAUGAUGCUACAGCUUCUGGAGAGGGUGAUUGAAUUAGAGAACUGGAAAGAAGGGAAAGGCCUAAUUGUCUGUGGAGCAAAAAACACUUUCUGCUCAGGAUCUGAUUUGAAUGCUGUGAAAGGUCUGGGAACUUCACAGGAUGGAGUCGAAUUGUGCAUGUUUAUGCAAAACACCUUAACAAGAUUUAUGAGGCUGCCUUUAAUAAGUGUUGCUUUGGUUCAAGGAAGAGCAAUGGGAGGAGGAGCAGAAUUUACCACAGCAUGUGAUUUCAGGCUUAUGACUCCAUCAAGUGAGAUCAGAUUUGUCCAUAAAGAAAUGGGCAUAAUACCAAGUUGGGGUGGAACUGCCCGACUGAUUGACAUAAUUGGCAGCAGACAAACCCUAAAAGUGUUAGGUGGAGCUCUCAAACUGGAUUCUACAACAGCUCUGAAAAUAGGAAUAGCUGAUGGGAUUCUACAGUCUUCUGAAGAAGGUCAGUCUUUAGAAGAAGCACGAAGAUGGCUAGAACAAUUUAUCAGUGGUCCACCAGAAGUAAUUAGAGCUUUGAAGACUGUGGUUUCUUCAGGAAAAGAACUUGCUUUAGAAGAUGCACUAGAGACUGAAAGAGAUGUUUUGAGCACACUUUGGGGUGGACCUGCUAAUUUGGAGGCUAUUGCUAAAAAAAAAAAAUUUAACAAGUAGUUUGUAAAUAACAUAAUAUUUUGCAAACACUUCCUACUGAAAUGUUUAAAAAACAGAAAUGUAAUAUUAAUGUGGUAUUACGUAUAAGGCAUGGAAAUGUUUCUAUAUUGGGAGGAAAUUAUAUAUUUGUUACUCUUAAUCUGAUUAAAAUAUAUUUUAACUCAUUAAUUAUGCUGUUAUCCUGAAAGUUGUCAGAAAAUUGUUUUCUUUUUCAUUUACUGAGGUCAGAAGAUUAAAGACAUUUUUCAUUCUUUUUUAUCUACCAAUAUUAUGGACAUUCAAUGUAACAUUUCUUAGAAGAAAGGUAGGGUGGGCUGUAAGUGCUAAAUAUUAUAUGCAUAUGCUGGCAAAUGAAAUUGUUAGUUUUUGUUACAAGGAAUAGUUAGAUGAAAGAGGGGGAUAUUAUUAAUAACAAGGGACAUUAAUAAAGCUUUUUAGAAAUCUGUACAAAAAGAACAGUAUUGUGUAAUUGGAUUUCAGAAUUAGAAUUCAAAUCAUACAUUAGAAACUACCUAUGAUUUAGAUAAUCCUGUGUAAAUCUCAACUUGUGCCUCAGUUUCAUUUUCUAAAAUGAGAGGGCUACAUUCUGGCCUUUAGGGGUCUCUUCUGAUUUCUGUAUCAUAUGAUCCAAUGAUUAAUUAGCAAAAAAAAAUUCUCUCCAAGUAUAUAGUUCACUCCAGCCUACUGAAAGAGAAAAUGUUAGUUCUACACUGGUGGAACAUUUUUGCUUGUUGAUGUAUUAAUUAGUAUCUAUUCGAUUAAGACUAUUCCCCACUACAUUUAGAACUAAAAAUUUUAGCCUUCAUAUAAGAGAAUCAAGGAAUAAUUUUAACAGAAACUGUUCUGGAAAGAAACUCAGGAUCAUUUAUCCCAAACCAUAAAUGGAUAGAAUCUAUCUGCUACAUUAUGUCUCAACAAGUUUUCAUCCACUCAAAAAUAAAGAAUGGACUCUGGCAGUCCAUUUUAUUUCUA